CACCACGAAUACCCACACAGAAGUCUACAGCGACCGCUCCCCUCCCUCCUCCAACAUUCGCCGCCGCCUCCCCGCCGGCCUCCCUCUUCGAUCCCCGCACCUCAGUCUAACCCCUGAUUAGCGCUUCACACGCUCCCCUGCUCCUCCGCCGCCGCCAUGAACACCGCCGUGGCGCAGAGCCGCCGCACGCGCAGCCGGCCGCCGUCCGCCGCCUCCUCCCGCAAGUCCGACGACCCCUCCUCCGCUUCCGCUUCCGCUUCCGCCGCCACCACCGCCAACGGCAACGGGAACGGGAAUGGGAACGGGAAGGCUCCUUCCUCCAAGCCCGCAUCUCCCAACCACGCCGCAGGGGAGAGGACGGUGAAGAAGCUGCGGCUGUCCAAGGCGCUGACGAUCCCGGAGGGCACGACGGUGUCGGAGGCGUGCCGGCGGAUGGCGGCCAGGCGGGUCGACGCCGUGCUGCUCACCGACGCCAACGGCCUCCUCUCAGGCAUUGUCACAGACAAGGACGUAGCCACAAGGGUUAUUGCCGAGGGGCUGCGCGUUGAGCACACAAUCAUCUCCAAGAUCAUGACCAGAAACCCUCUGUAUGUUUCGUCUGACACACUUGCUAUCGAGGCACUGCAGAAAAUGGUCCAAGGGAAAUUUAGACACCUUCCAGUGGUUGAAAAUGGUGAGGUUAUCGCCAUGCUGGAUAUUGCAAAAUGCAUGUAUGAUGCAAUAUCAAGACUGGAAAAGGCAGCAGAACAAGGAAGUGCACUUGCAGCUGCUGUAGAAGGGGUUGAGCGCCAAUUAGGAGGCAACUUCACAGCUCCUUACGCUUUAAUAGAAACUCUAAGAGAAAGGAUGUUCAAACCUUCUUUGUCAACCAUUAUCACAGAAAACACAAAAGUAGCAACGGUUUCACUUUCAGAUCCUGUUUAUGUAGCAGCCCAAAAAAUGCGUGAACUACGCGUCAAUUCAGUUGUUAUAACUAACGGAAAUUCGUUGCAAGGGAUCUUUACCUCAAAGGAUGUUCUUAUGCGUGUUGUGGCACAAAAUCUUUCUCCUGAAUUAACUCUAGUUGAAAAGGUAAUGACUGCACAUCCCGAUUGUGCUACAUUGGACACCUCAAUUCUUGACGCUCUACAUAUAAUGCAUGAUGGCAAAUUCCUGCAUAUUCCUGUUGUUGAUGGAGAUGGUAGAGUUGUUGCUUGCUUGGAUGUUCUCCAACUUACCCAUGCCGCCAUUUCGAUGGUAACCACCCCCCCCCCCUCCCCGUUCCUGUUCUUCAUGCACAACUGUUGUUUUUUAUUCAUUACCUCUAGUUAUAUUGAGAGAACAAAAAAAAAAGAGAACACUUCCCUGUGGAUAUUCAUGGGAACUUUGAUCAUUAACAUCUUUUAUCUGAAGGCUGAAGGAGGUCCUGGAGCUGCAAAUGAUGUGGCGAACACAGUGAUGCAGAACUUCUGGGAUUCAGCUCUUGCUUUGGAGCCUCCAGAUGAGGAAUUUGAUAGCCACAGCGAAAUAUCUUUAGUGAUUCCAUCAGAGGUUGGAGAUGGCAGGAGUAGCAUUUAUCCUGCUGUUGUUGGCAAUUCUUUUGCCUUUAAGCUUCAGGAUCAUAAGGGACGUAUGCAUAGAUUUACCUGCGGUUCAGAGAGUUUGGAUGAGCUUAUGUCUUCUGCAAUCCAGAGAUUAGGAAUUAGUGUUGAAAAUGGCCCAAUUCAACUUUUGUAUGAUGAUGAUGAAGGUGAUAGGGUGCUGCUCACUACGGACUCUGAUCUUGCCAGUGCUGUGAUCCAUGCCAAAUCAUCUGGAUUGAAGGUCCUGAGGUUGCACAUUGAAGAGUCGAGUUCCAAUUCUGAAGUUCCAAAGCAAUCCAUGCCGGAGCUGGCAUCUUCUCACAAAAGUCAGUUGAUGCCUGUUCAUUACGGGCUGAUGGCUGGUGUGGUUGCCCUGACAGGCAUCGCAGUGACGGUUUACUUAAAACGCUCAAAAGUCUGAGUUGUGCUAGGAAUAAUUAAACUCCAAUCCUCACCUCUGUGACUAAUUAAUAGGGUCAGAAUGCUCAGACGCGUUGGCUCUUCAGCUGGCUAAGAUGAUGAAAGAAGAUCAAUGCCUAUACAGCCAGAUGCACUGAAGUCCCAAAAGUAAUCAGCUGAACACCUCAAGUUCUUGUUGAACUGAGUUCAGUUGCUACGCAGGAAGGAAUCAUGGUACUAUCAUAUUUUUCGGUCCAUUUUGCACACUAAAUUUCGGUUCCACGAAUGUGGCGAAACAUGUGCUGUCUAUAGCUAGCUAUAUCUUGAUCACCCCGAGUCUGGUGGUGAGGGAUGAUUACUUGGGAAGGAUCCGGCGACUUUGUGAAACGGGUGAAUAUAUUUAUCUCCCUUGUGGCUGUCACUUGUCAGAUUAAUGCCUAUGCCUCUCAUGCCUAUUCUUAAAUGGUGAUUCGCCCCCAAUUUUUUCUA